CUGGCUACAUAAUAUUGUUUUUUACGAUCAUUCAAUUUUGACAAUGGAAGAAGAAUCAUUUCCAAUGAAUGGUGGGGAGGGAGCUCACAGCUACUCAAAGAACUCUCACUAUCAGAAACUUGCCCAUGAUUUAACGAAACGAAUGGUUCAAGACACAAUUACCAGAAAACUCAAGACCAUCUUCAACCCAUUCUGCAUAGCCGAUUACGGCUGCUCCGUCGGCCCAAACACUUUCUUCGCUAUCCAAAAUGUGAUCGAAGCGGUCCAACACAAGUGCGCUUCGCAAAAAGAAUUAGAGUUUCAAGUUUUCUUCAACGAUCACACUACCAAUGAUUUCAACACACUCAUCGCUUGCCUUCCAUCCGAGCGACAAUACUACUCGGCAAUGGCCCCGGGAUCCUUCUACGGCCGGGUAUUGCCGCGCGCUUCGGUCCAUAUAGCGCACUCAUGCUUAGCUCUUCAAUGGCUCACUCAAGUGCCAAAAACCGUGUGCGACUCCAAAUCACCGGCGUGGAACCCAGGGAGGAUUUACUACACAAAGGAUAGAAGUCCGAAAGCAAUGGCGGAUGCAUACGCCGAGCAAUUUAACAAGGAUAUGCAGUCUUUUAUAAGCGCGAGAGCCCAAGAGAUAGUCCCCGGAGGAUUAAUGGUUUUAACCAUGCCGGGAAUUUGUGACCGGGAUAGUCCAUCGCGAUACUCUAUUGGAUUCUUCGAAUUUUUGGGAACCAUUCUCAUGGAGAUGGCAAAUGAGGGUACGGUAGAGAAAGGCGACGUGGAUGCAUUCAAUCUGGCGCUGUAUGCUCCGAGCAUCGAAGAGAUGAAAGAAGUGAUAGAGAAGAAUGGUUGUUUUGAAGUGGAGAGGAUUGAGCUCACAACCAACGACUUUGAAGUCGAAGCCACGAAUAUCGCGGGCCUUAUAAUCAAUUUUAGAGCCGCCUUGGAAGGCUAUUUUAGAGGGCACUUUGGAAGUGAGGUUACGAACAAAAUGUUCGACAAGGCAUUGGAAGAGAGCGAUCGAGUUUUGAGUGUUCUACGCAAUUCACCUCACGAACUCUUUGUUGCAUUGAAGCGCAAGUAAGACGUAAUACAUAAUAUUAUUAUUAUUAUUACUUGUUUACUGCUAUUACUUCGAAUGCCCAAUGUUGA